AGGACUCCCAGUCACUCUGCUGUCUCCAUCCCAGACGGAGCAGCCCUCAAAGGACUUGGACCCUCAGCCUGUCCCCCCCCCCACCAUGCAGCAGCACUGACUUUUCUCCCGGUUUUGGUUGGACCACUGAUGGCUGAGUGAGGAAGACCAUUGAACAUAUCUGGAUUUGACAAUAAGAGAACUUUUAGGAGUUUCCCACUUCAGGAGCUUUUGGUGAGAACUUCCUGCUGGACUUGAGGACUGAAGUGGACCAGCAACAUGGCGCCAUCGUUGACAGUAGUUCUGGUCGUGUUGGUGUCACAGCUCUUCACGCCCAGCAGAACCCUCAGUGAGCAUAAGAGCCCCAACCUCCCGGAGGUCCUGGAUCUAGACCAGGACCAGCACCGCCGCCCGGCCCGCGGCGCCGACGAGGAUGAGCAACAGUCCACCUUCAGCCAGUCCUUCGAGAACGACUCUGUGACCCCGCCACAAGCCACUUCGCUGUCCAACUGGACAGAUGCCGAGAGGAACGCCAGCAAAGACCACGGACUCUUCAACCCAUUCUUCCCGCUGACGCACGCCUCAUACAUCGCCUACGCCAUCUUGCUUGCGACUUGCCUGCUGCUGGCGCUGGGCGUGGUGGGCAACAUGGCGGUCAUGUGCAUCGUGUGGAACAACUUCUACAUGAGGUCAUCUUGGAACUACCUACUGGCCAGCAUGGCCUUCUGGGAUUUCCUGGUCCUGGUGCUCUGCCUGCCCGUGGUGCUCCUCAACGAAUUGACCCACAGGAGAGUCCUGGGCGAUGUCACCUGCCGCAUGGUGCCUUAUAUGGAGGUGGUGUCUCUGGGCGUCACGUCCUUCACACUUUGCGCUCUGGGCAUUGACCGCUUCCACGCCGCCACCAGCUCGGCGCAGCCCAAGACGCGCCGAGUGGAGCGCUGUCGCUCGGUGCUGGUCAAGCUGCUGCUAGUGUGGCUCGCCGCCCUGCUGCUGUCCAGCCCUGAGCUCUUCCUGUGGCAGCUCACCAGGACCGCCUCCAUCGGCGCCGCAGGACACCUGGUGGACUCCUGCAUCAUCACUGCCUCCUCGCCACUGUCCCUCCUCCUGCCCGACUCCCUGCACUCGCUGCUGCUCAGGUACCACCAGGGUCGCAUGUGGUGGACGUUUGGCUGCUACUUCUGUUUGCCCGUCCUCUUCACCGUCCUCUGUCAGAUGGCCACUAGAAACGUCCACAGCGACAGCUCAGCCCAGAAGCAGCGUAACCACGACGACCUCGCCUCCAGCCACAAGCGUCAUCAUCACCAGGAGGUGGAGAAGCAGCUCAACUGCACGCUGCUAGCGUUAGCGCUGGUGUAUGGCGUAUGUGCGCUGCCCCAACACGUAUGCAACAUCACGCUAGCGUACGUGCAAGUCAGCGUUUCCGAGGACACGUCGGCUAAGCUGGCGCUCUUACAUCAUUUCCUGUUGUUCCUCAAGUCCUCCGUCACGCCCGUGCUACUGCUCUGCAUGUGUAAGGCGCUGGGUCGGGCCUUCAUGGACUGUUGCUGCUGCUGCUGCCGAGCGUGUCAGCAAAACUCGGCGGAAGGUUCUCCAAGCUCGGCUCACGUCAAACUGAAGGCGGCCAAAGAGGCAUCCAUCUUCUUCGACAAGGCGAAAGACACGUCGGCCAUCUUGUCCAUCAGCAGUUAGACAUCUUCUUUUUCUUCUUCUUCUUAGCUCUUUGUCUUCCAUCAUACUUGCUCAACUCUGCUGUCACGGACUCUCCACUUCCUGUCUGCACAGGAAGUGACAUUUGUAGUCACCUUAGAGAUGUUUUGAGGACAACUGCUGGAACAUUCUGGAAGACGAGGAGAAAAACAUGUCAGUAUCGUCAAUGUGGCCAAAAGACACACACAUGACAUUUAAUUAACUCAAAGUUAAUAUAAGCCAUACAAUAAAACAGGCUAAACUUGAAUUAACAUGAAUCAUCAUCCAAUCAGGCCUGUGCUCACUGUCACAUGACCUUUGUUAGUUUGCUAUCAUUAAUCAUUAGCGGACUUUAACAGACACGCCAAGAUCACAGUAGUUUAUUGUUAAAAUCCAUUUUAGUUAACGAGACAACAAAGCAACGUUGCCAUAGUAACCAUCACGUGACACUGAGGUCACCCGAGUCAAACAAAGUGAUGUUGUCGCCAUGGUUACAUGAAGACUGUAAAAAUGUAAAAUAAACAAAAUGAUGAAUUA